AUGGCUCGUUUCUUUAACGGGCUAAAUAUCGAGGUGCAGGAUCGUGUUGAGAUGGUGGUCUACUACAACAUACAAGAUCUUGUGCACCAAGCUGUGCGUGCGGAACAACAGAUUAAGCGACGCCAAGUCAACAUUGUUCCCACUACCACUUUGAACACAUGGCGACGCUCGCAGUAUAAGAGUGAGGAUGUCGGUCCUAGCUCCAGGGCGACAUCAUCAAAUCGCUCUCAUGGUUCCGUGCAAAAGGAUGCUUCAAAAUCAGGACUGUCGAUGGUUGAUUCUAGUGCACAGUCGAUCGGACGCACUAGUGACAUAGAGUGUUUCAAGUGUGGAGGAAGGGGACAUAUGAAGCGUGAAUGUCCUAAUGAGAAAAGAGUGUUGCUCACGAGAGAUGGCUAUGCAUCCGCUAGUGAUGAAGAGGCAGUUUCUGACACUUCUGGUGAAAAAUCUGAAGAUGUUGAAGAUGUGGUUGCGAGUUUUGAAGCUGCUGAAUCAUAUCCGUCUUUGAUGGUGCAACGGGUGCAAGAAGAUCGCAUUGAGGAUAAGGGGCAGCGAUGGAAUAUUUUUCAAACUCAAUUGAAAAUCAACAACACUAAUUGUAAGUUGAUCAUAGAUGGAGGAAGCUACACCAACGCGGUUAGCAAGGACUUGGUGGAUACUUUAGCUUUGCCUACCUGGAAGCACCCACAACCCCACUGCGUCGAAUGGUUAUAUCAGUCGGGGAAACUGAAAGUUACUCACAAGAUGUCGACCUCGGUCAACAAGGAAGACGAGGUUGUUGCUAAUUCUCAGGAAAUUGUACGUCCAGUGUACGCGGAUGAUAUUCCUCAAAAUAUUCGGGAUGGUUUUGACCACACAUACAACUACAUCAAGCAAUGUCAUGAUGCGCUCGGCAAAAGGAUAGAUGUCCUGAUCACUCGGUUUGAUGGUUUGGCAGACAUCAUCAAUAUGUCGGCAUCGAAUUUUGCACCACCACAGACUGCUCCGGCUACUCCACUGCAUUAUGCACCACCAGCUCGUGAUGGACAUACCGGUGUGCAUGAUCGCCGUUUGGCGGCACACCCUCAUGCUGGAGAUGAUGGUUUCGAUGAUGGCAUUGACCAUGCGGGCCCCGCGCUCCUCCCCCACCUCCGCCCCCUCUCCUCCUCGCCCAAGCCCGCCCGCGACCCCCUCGCCCCGCCGGAGCCGCUCUCCUCGGCCUUCGCCGCCGCCGCCGCCAACCCCGAGGCCCCCGCCGACUCCGACCCCGACUCCGACUCCUCCUGGGGCGUCUUCGACCCCGUCGCCGGCCGCAUCGUCCUGCAGGCGCACCCGCCCCCUACCCCUCCCCCUUCCAGCUCCGACCGGGAGGAGGACGAGGAUGAGGAGGAGGUGGUGGAGGUGAAGCGGAAGGCGAGGCCGAGCGGCGGGAGGCGCGAGCCCAGGUGGGCGGACGUGGCCACCGCGAGGAGGGCCGCGGGGAAGGGCGGCAAGGCGCCGAGGGUCUCGUACGUCUGCAGCAACUGCGGGGACGGCUUCUCGCAGUGGUGGGGCACCUGCCGCGGCUGCCAGGCCGUGGGGACCCUCACCAAGUUCUUCCCGGGGGCCGCCGACUCCGCCGACGCCGACGCCGAGGGGUCGCACCACGCCGGCCGCUCCUGGAUUCGGCAGAAGAGCAAGGAGAUGGUGCCCAAGAAGCUCCGGGAAGUCACCAAGGGGUUUGACCAGGCGGGCUGGCGCAUACCGCUGCCAGGGACCUUUGGAAAUGAAAUUUCUCGGGUGCUUGGAGGUGGCGUCGUUCCUGGCUCCUUGGUUUUAGUAGGUGGGGAUCCAGGUGUUGGCAAAAGUACAUUGAUGCUACAGCUUGCUUCUAUUGUAUCUGAAGGUUCCGAGGACCAUGGGUCUUCUCCUGUUGUGUAUGUGUCCGGUGAGGAGAGCAUUGAGCAAAUUGCAAAUAGGGCUGACCGGAUGAGUAUCAAGUCUAAAGAUUUGUAUCUAUACUCUAGUACAGAUAUUGAGGAUAUCUUGGACAAAAUCCAGCCAUUAUCUCCAAAAGCUCUUGUUGUUGAUUCAAUUCAGACAGUUUAUCUAUCUGCGUUUGCUGGAAGUGCUGGGAAUCAAGUGCAGGUCAAGGAAUGCACAUCUGCCUUGUUAAGUUUUGCAAAAAUGACAAAUAUCCCUGUUUUCCUGAUUGGACACGUCACAAAAACUGGUGAUAUUGCUGGCCCUCGUGUUCUAGAGCACAUAGUAGAUGUUGUUUUGUAUAUGGAGGGAGAGAGAUGCUUAUCUCAUCGACUGUUACGGUCGGUGAAGAAUCGUUUCGGCUCAACAGACGAGCUUGGUGUAUUUGAAAUGUCAGAACACGGUCUGCAAGCUGUUCUGAAUCCCAGUGAGAUGUUCUUAACUGAGCAUGACUCUGAUUCUGAAAUACUGGCUGGGCUUGCUGUAGCUGUUGUUUUGGAUGGAUCCAGAACCUUCGCUAUUGAAGUUCAGGCACUGUCUGUUCCUGGUUCUCUUGGUCAAGGAAAAGUUGUUGGCACAAAGUCAAAAAGGGUUGAGAUGAUAAUAUCAGUUCUUAUGAAGCAGGCAGGUCUAAAACUUCAGGAUAAUGUUAUUUAUCUGAAUGUGGUCAGUGGGUUCGAGCUGACGGAGACUGCAGGAGAUCUGGCCAUAGCAGCUUCGAUUUGCAGCAGUUUCUUGGAAUUCCCUAUCCCAAAUGAUAUUGCAUUUAUUGGAGAGAUUGGCCUUGGUGGUGAACUUAGAACUGUGCCAAGAAUGGAUAAGCGGGUGAUGGCUAUCGCGAAGUUGGGCUACAGGAAAUGCGUCGUCCCCAAGACUUCAGAGAAGCUGCUCAAACCUCUCGAUCUCGAUAUCCAGAUCUUGCCCUGCAACAACCUGAAGGAGUUCAUAAACACAGUGUUCAGGCCCGAAGUAUGAUGUUACAUCCUGACAAGGUGUGCUCUGCGUACAACUAGCUGAUUGAAUGACUGUAGGUUUUUAGCGUGCAUUGGUCAAGGAACCACGGCUCACCAUGCUUGCUGGUCACCACUCUAUGCAUGCUUGAUGUAAAUCUUUUUCAUCCCAUCCUGGUUAUGUAUAUACUCCCUCUUUCCAUCUAUAUAGGGUCUAAUGUGUUUUUCAAGACCGCCUUUGACUAUUGAUAAAAUUAAUACUACAUGACAUUGCAUAAUGUGAAAAUUAUAUCAU